GAAUUUUUAAUUGUGAAAAGUUGCUGCCGUAUACACUGUAUACAGUUGGACAAUAAAAUAUUUUCACGACAGUGGUGUAACCAUCCAAGUGCCUGUUAGCCCUGGACACAGUGGUAUGUUAUUAUUAUUUGCUCAUUUGGUAUGCGAGGGAUCCCAUGCGGAGAGCGGGUGUAUCAAUAACUUUAUGGAUAUUAUUUAACUCGGCCUUGUAUUGAGCAACACUCCCGUGGGCACAUAAUAUGUGGAGAACGGUGCAUCAUCAUUAUCUUUAUCAUCAUCAGCAGCAUCAGCAUCAGCAUCAGCAUCGUCAUCAGCAUCGUCGCCUGUGCCAGCCGCAUUAUGCAGCAUGAUUUAUUGUGAGCCCAUCUUGCGACUUAGAGUAACGAUGGGGAGACUAGGUCCAGUCCGUGCCGUGCAUGAUAAGCCCCGUAAGGGUUCCACGGACAAGGGGUACAUGGUGAGACAAAUUGCAUAAAUUUACCUCUAUGCGCUCAGCAUCGUAUAUCACACGCUCACGACUCACUCACCGGCGGGGAAGUUGUCGUUUUUUCCCCUCGCUUCAACGAUCGCCGGAACUUGGCAUAAUUUAUACGAGCAAAUAUUGGAAAGUGGAUCGCAGUUUCUGUGCCGAUCACCGGCGUGCCGGUCAUGUCAUGGGUGUUAUCCUCAUCCUUACAGAGUCCAUGAGGCGAGUUCGUUUCGGUUGGGUUGUGGUGACUUUCUUCAUUUCACGCUGCGUACAUAAUUACAUCCGGUAUUGCUAUGUGUGGAGUCAUCGAGUCAGAAAAUGACAGUCUGGACGGCGUACCACAAAGACUGAGGGUUUGAAGUCCCGUAGACGUGGCCAUGAAUGCAGUUCAUGCUCCCGUCUUUGCGAAUCACUAGACACUCUGGAAACAUGUCAUCUAGAGAGAACGCAACUCCACCUGCUUUGCAGACACUUUUCAAGCGUGUGCCGUCCAUACGGGAGAGAACGAGACGUGGAAGCCUCGGUCAAGUCUCAGGAGCUAUUGCCAUUCACGAUGCCGUGGCAAAAGGAAAGAUCCAUCUGGCUAAAUUUAUCUUGGAUGCUGUCGAGGGUCAGUCUCUUGUGGACGCACAGGAUGUUCACGGUAAGACACCUCUCAUAAGAGCUACGAGGAUCAAGGAUGCAGAGGUACGCAACAAAGUCGUAGACUUGCUCCUUAGCUACAAGGCCAACGUAAACCUCUUGGAUCACGUGGGACGGAGUGCCCUGAGUUACGCCUGCGAGUUGCACUGCAAUGGCGUCAUCAGGAAACUGGUCAGGAACAAUGUAGACCCUAACGUGGAGGAUCACAACGGCAACACGCCCCUGAUGUACUGCGCCAUGGCCAACAAUGCCGAGGCUAUUGAGAUAAUCUCUCGGUCUUUCCGCAGACUUGGCCUGGAGGUGGACAAGGUAAAUGCUGACGCCAUGACGCCCCUCAUGGAAGCUGCUAAGAACGGCUACGUUGAGUGCGCUCGGCUACUGGCCAGGGAAGCCAAAGCAUCGGUCAUUGUUCGGGAUGUGGUGCGUAACAUGAACGCAGCGGACUGGGCGCGAGAGGGUGGCUGUUCCACCCCUGAAGUUGAUAUCUUGCUUCCAAAACAACGGACUUCAAAACAAUCCGCCUUGAAUACGGCAAUUCACGAACACACCAAGAAGAGCUCAGCAACAAACGGAACUCUGACAUCCCAAAAAGAUGGACAUACUGCGGCAUCGGUUGAAUUGACUCAACACAGCCCAACUACCUCUUCUCGAGGCAGUGUUCCUGCAGGCCUCUUUACUUCCAAGAAAGGAAACGCAAGAAAACACCCUUCCAGCAUGGAAGAAUUAUCCUGCAGGUCCAAGGAAAUGCAGUCGCUCGGUAUGCCGGCAAAUAGGUCUAGUUUUCCUGACGUUCAAAGAGCGGGGAUGCAACACAACACAGUACAGGAGCACCACCAGUUCCCGCAUUUGAGUAACGACGCGCAGGAAAACCUGAUGGUCCUCUCCAAGGGCAGUGCAUCAGCGGCAUCGCGUGGAGGUUUGUUCACAAAGAGACCCCAGCCUCCAGCUGCACCGAUACGCCCGUGUUCCGCCGCGGCGCAAAGACCCAAAAGAGGAGUUCGUCAUCCUUCACACACCUCUACCUCUGUGGAGGAUCUUUUGCUCAUGGGUGACCCCACUGAACCCCUCAUCGGUUUAUCACAAAGCCCGCUGAAGUCAAGUAGCAUGAGUCAUCUGAUGUAUGAGCGAGCUGACGCGAGCGGUAUGAUCAGCCCGCGUUUUGUUAAACGGAGUAUCGGCAGUGAUACACUUAUUGAUCUGACAAUCGUCUCACUGAGAGAACUCUCUGGACGACCCAGGACCUCAUCACAACCUCUACCGAGUACAGAUCCUGGUUUGACGAGCGACAGAUUGGAAUCUGUUUCCUGCACGCACCUUCCGCCAAUCACUCCAAAAUACGACCAGUAAUGGAAACCUAGUCUUUUCUGACCAAGUGGCAUUCCUUUAUCCGUAUUAAAUCUUACAAACUCUGUUAAAAUGCAGUGUUCUUAAGUUUUCUCUAUGCGAAAUUGUAAAUCUCUGUUUAAUUGUAAUGGGAAUGGAAACAUUAACGGCUCCGGCUUCUCGCGUUUUAGUUGAAGCCGUCAAAGCUUGUGCCUUUCCGACUAAAAAAAAACACGUUGUUUUUUCGUCGCGGUACACAAUCUUAAACAUGCUAUGAGAUUAAACAUGCACCCUAAUGUUCGUGGGUCCGUUGCUUAUUUUGUAAUAAUCGAUAUUAAUUACGCGGAAAAACAGUUUGAUAAUUGACUUGAUGAAUACAAUCAAAACUGGUCGACUUUUC